GAGCACUGCCCUCUAGAGUUAGGAACGACCAGCACAUCUGUGCGAGGGGAACCUUUACCUUUAAAAUGACACAAAGUCACUCUUUCCCCAGUUGCCCCUGGACACCUUCACUUCCUUUAACAGAGGAAGUUCUGGUGGGACUGGUCAACUCUUGACAAUGCCCAAAUCAUAAGUCCUCAAGGCCCGGUCACCAGUCCAAUGAAAGCAGCAGCCUUUUUCUCCAUGUCUGCUUCUCUUGAUGGUCCUUCUUCUUGGCAUGUCUUCUCCUUCAGGUAUUUCCCUGCCCAUCCCAGUCAUCGGCUUGCAAGACGACUCUCGGGUCUUUGUGAACGGGAGCUGCGUCCUGAACGACGAAAACUUUGUCCUCAUCGGCUCCUUCGUGGCGUUCUUCAUCCCCCUGAUGAUCAUGGUGGUGGCUUAUUGCCUGACCAUCCAGGUCCUGCAGAAGCAGGCCUCUCUCUUCCUCUACGGGGAGCCCCUCAAGCCGAGGAGGAGCAGCAUGAGCUGUCUGAAGAAGGACCCCAACGUGGAGAACCUUUCCAUGCUGCAGAACCACGAGGCGGCUUCCCACUUAAACUCUCCGGUUAACAGAGAAGGGGUCCUUUUCCGGAAAGGCACCAUGCAGUCGAUCAACAACGAACGGCGGGCCUCCAAGGUCCUGGGGAUCGUCUUCUUUUUGUUCCUGAUUAUGUGGUGCCCCUUUUUUAUCACUAACAUCAUGUCCGUCCUCUGCCAGGACGCCUGUGACCAGGCUGUCCUCCGCGAGCUGCUGGACGUCUUUGUUUGGGUGGGCUACAUCUGCUCGGGGGUCAACCCCCUGGUCUACACACUCUUCAACAAGAUCUACCGCAGGGCUUUCUCGAACUACAUCCGCUGCCGGUACGAGAGCAGCAAGAGGGCCUCCCAGCUGCAGAGCCAAUGCCCCAACGUCUCCUGCACGGCCUUCUACGGGAAGGACCUCAACUUGAACAGUUACCGCCAUGAACUCAACAGCACGGAGCUGGAUGAGAUGGAGGCGACCUUGGAAAUACACGUGGGGACCCCGGAGAUCUUGGUCAACAGCUGCAGCGGUGAAAAAACAACUAGUGUGUAAACUUACACGCUUCUUUACUCGCCUCUGAAUCGGACAGCUACGGACAAUGUUUCUGCUAGUCCAGGAAGAGUGUAAAUAUGGCAUUACGAACAAAACCUUUUUCCUCCCCCCCGUUUUUUUUCCAUUUCCGCUUUCUUACUUGUAGCUCGUUGUUUUUGCACCAUUCUUAAAAAAACAGAAACCCGUCUCAGUUGUGUGGGGGACGGAGCAGGUGGGUCUCCUGUGGGAGCAGCUGCAAAAAUACGGCAUCCCUUCUUUUGCUUAUGAAAAUGUUAUUUUCAUUCUGGUGCAUGAACAAAAUACCGUUAAUCUCAGGUGGGUUUUCUUUUUUUUUAAUCUUCUUUCUUUUUCUUUGUUGGGUCUCAGUGGUUAUGAGUAAGUCACGUAUCAAAUAAAGGGAUUUGGGCUGGGAGAUGUCAACAUUUCUUAUUGGGAACCCUGGGUAAACGUCUGUUCUGACCCCCUCCUCCGUCCAGUAACGAAUGCCGAGACAAGCUUAAAUGAGAAUGUCCUUUAAUAACAAGUUCAGACUCUCAGUGGCUGAGGAGACCACUGGUUUCAACCCAAGGUUGGAGACCCCUGUUCUGGAGGAUGGGCUCACCUCAGGAAAGGUGCUCCACCCACAGGUCACUGACCUCCCCCCAAAAAUAAAUCUUUUGCAUACCUCAUUGUAGCGCCCAUGAAGGCACGCGGUGUGAUCUCACAAGGCAGGAAGAAGGGGAAAGAGGGGGGAAUUGUUAACGAUGACAGUUACAUUGAUGUCCGUGGGGAGGGGGGGCACUUCCACUUUUCAUUUUCGAAGACCAGUUAGUAGAACGUGAUGAAGGCUUAUGGAAUUACACAGGGCAGCAAGGGGAGCAAAAAGAGAAGAUGUUUCUUAGCUCUCUCCCGAAACUAUCAGAACUGGGGAGACCAUGCAAGGCAGCCGAGAUUCGGGACCUUCAUUCACACCGUAUCUGGCUGCCUUCUGGAAUUCUCUAGCGCAGGAUGUGGGGAUGACCCCCGUUUGGAACAUUUGAACGAGACUGGAGGGAGGGAGACAGUGGUGGGUUCUGGCCAGUACGGCCCGGUACGGGUGUACCAGUAGUAGCCAGGAGCAGCUGACAGCGUACCGAUACGGGGGCUUAUUGGGCCCAACCGCCCACCCGCGUUCUAUACUGGUUUUUAAAGCAACCGGCCAACUGCGCAUGCGUGCACAGCUUGUGGCACCUGCGCGAGGGCUAAUCUCCAGAUUGGGAUGAAAAGAGGAAGGUCCCCUUUGCCAUCAGGGACCCUCCUGCCUGGAAGAUCAGGGGCCCCAGAUCUCAGCCAACCAACUCUUCACCCCUUUGGCAAAACAUCC